AGCAAGAGCAAGCUCUGUGGCCAGGCACUGGAAAAGCAGUCGGGAAAGAAUCACAGGAAGCGCCUGAUUUUGCUGCCUGUUCGCCCCCCAGCCAGGUUUCCAGAGGCACAAGUACCAGAAAACAGCUUAAGAAUGACAAGGAAGAUCUUCACCAACACCAGGGAGAGGUGGAGGCAGCAAAACGUUAAUAGUGCCUUUGCCAAGCUGAGGAAGCUUAUUCCCACCCACCCACCAGACAAAAAACUGAGCAAGAACGAAACACUCCGGUUGGCCAUGAGAUACAUCAACUUCCUUGUCAAGGUCCUGGGAGAGCCAGGCCUGCAGCAGACAGCAGUGGCAGCUCGGGGCAGCAUCCUGGGAUUCUUCCAGCAAGCCCCACACUUGCAGAGCAUGGAAGAGCUGACACUGAUUGAAAACUGUGGUGUCUCCUGUCCCAGCAUGAGCAGCAAUAUAGCGGAAUGUUGGUCGGAGGCAUCAUCUCCCUAGCAGACAAUGAGAUGUGCAGUCUCUGUGUUAGUGUGAUAGUCCCUCUCUCCUGGCAGAAUCUGUGGGUUGCUCUUCCAUGUAUUGUGAUUAUUUAUUUAUAUUUAUUGCUAUUUAAUUUGCAUUUUUAUUUAAUAGGAUAGGAAAUCCUUGGUCGUGCAAAACCUGGAAGUCAAGACAGAGAACUUGCGAUCUCUGGGAGCCUGGAAAGACUCACUGCUGUCAUGGCAGAAUCCAAGCCAGAAGAAUCUUCUGCCCAGAUCUCCUCCAUAAAUCAGGGCACAGAAAUUCCUUCAGUACUUGUGACAGGGAAAGAGAUUAUCCUCCCAUGCUAUUUCAAGGAAACACUAUUGAGAU